AUGGACGGCAGUGCACACCGCAAAAUCGAGCUGCAGUCCCCAGAGGACCUGACCUACCUGAUCAACAACGUGCGGCGCGCCGCGGCUGAGCACAUUGGCGCCGCGUUCCCGCCUGUCGAAGGAGAUGAUGCACAGGAGGACGAGCUGCGUGUGAGGAUCGAAGGCAUGGUCAACGAUUACAUCCACCAGACCUUCACCCUCGCCGCCCCUAACCUCUCCAUCAACGGCUUCGAGCUGGACGCGCGCACCUUUCCCGCCGUGUACCUCUCCGACCCCAAUUCCUCCUCCUCCGCCGCCGCCGCAGCAGGGAACAGGCCCGGCCACAACGACACAGGCCCCGAGGUCCAGUACGAGCCCUUCGACGCCCGCAAGCGCGCCCGCCUCGAGGACCUCGCGCGCGAAGAAGAAGACCUGAUGCGGGAGAUCGCCGCGCUGAAGCGCAGGGUGCCCGCCGCCGCAGCGAGGGCAUACGCGGACGGGUUCUGGGAGGGCGUCAAGGCCGACGAGGCGGCGCUCGGGGAGGCCAGGGAGCAGGCGGCUGUCUUGGCUGCGGCUGGGCCGGCGGCAGGGGAGGACGAGGACACGGACAAGCCCGCUGUCGCUGCUGCUGCUGCUGCUUCUGCGAACAAUAAAGCCAUGCUGGAAGGGCUGGGCCGGGUGGAACGGCGGGAGAAUGUCCGGCGUGGGUAUGUAGGGGUUGUUGACACGCUUGGGCGGCUGAAGAGGGAGAUGCCGGCUGUCGUGGCCAAGAUGGAGAGGGCGAGGGUUGCAGGGGAGUAUGUGGUCACGGAGAGGUAG